GGAGACCAAAUUAGAGGAGAUUGAUGGUAAUUUAUGUAGAAGAUUGUGGAAUUCAGAUGGCUUCAAUUGGGUUAUGAAAGGGUCAAUGGGAGCAUCGGGAGGUCUGUUGUGUGUUUGGGACAAGUUGAAUUUUGUGAAGAGGGAAGUUUUUACGGGUGACGGUUUCUUGGGUGUUUCAAGGGAAUGGGGUACAAAGAAGUUGCAAUGUUAUUUUGUGAAUGUGUAUGCUCCAAAUGAUAAAAGGAAGAAGGUUGAGUUGUGGGAGGAGUUGCGGACACUAAUUCUAGAGAAGGGAGGAUGAUGGUUGAUUGCAAGUGAUUUCAAUGCCGUAAGAUGUCUUGAAGAAAAGAGGGGGGAAUAGGGGAGAAUCCAGAGAUGAGCGAUUUUAAUGCUGUUAUUGAGACAACUGGGCUAAUUGACAUUAGAUUGGCAAAUCGGUGGUUUACAUGGUAUAGAUUAGAUGGUUCUUCUAUGAGCAAGUUAGAUAGAGUAUUGAUGACUGAAGAGAUGUUUACUAUGGGAGGUGAAUGGGUGUAGCAAGGGCUGAGAAGAACUAUAUCGGAUCAUUGUGCCAUACUUAUGAAGACAAAAAUCAUAGACUGGGGGCCAAAACCGUUCAGGGUUUUGGAUGCUUGGCAACAACAUCCUAAUUUCAAGAAAACAGUAGAAGAUAAGUGGAAUGAAUUAGAGGUGGAUGGGUUUGUAGGGUAUAGAUGUAAGCAGAAACUAAAACUGUUGAAAGUGUUUUUAAAAGGCUGGGAUCAAGAAGUGUUUGGGGAUAUGGAAGUUCUUUGGGUGCAAGUGUUGCACUGGUGGGGUAUUGAGGCUGUGUUAUCAAAUACAAUAGAAGGAGUUGCAGAGUUCUUUCUACAUGGUUUGGGUAAGAUUAUAGGGAAGGAAAUGGGAGCAUGUAUUUUCUUUGCUGUUUCUUGGUAUCUCUGGUACUGUAGGAAUAUGGGAGUUUUUAAGCAUCUUGUGAGUUUUAGGGAAAGGGUGGUAGAUGUGGUGCAAGCCAAGACCUUUUUCUGGAUUAAAACUAAGAUGCAAAGGUGUGUUUUUUCCUUUUCUGAGUGGUAGAAUAAUUCAAUAUAGGUUGC